GGUAUUAUUUUAAGCAUCAUUAUUUUUCAAAGAAUGUACUACCCGCUUUUGUAAAUUUCGGUUAGCGUUUCAGAAAACAGACGCAUCACAGUCAUCAAGUCAGGAAUGGUCCGUGGGCGACGGCUGGAAUUUCGUUUUGGAAACUGAUGUAAUUCGCAAAAGAUGGACUAAGUGUUGUUCAUAGAUAUAAAAAACUAUUUGAUAUGCACUGAAAAAGUUAACAUAUUCGCUCCUGAAAGUGAAAGAUUAUUGACUGUUGCACAAGCAGAAGUUUGCCGAGAUUAAAUCAUCAACGUUUCCAAGAUGACUUCUCAACAGAUAACAACCAAUGUAGUUCGUAGGACUAAAUUGCAUUCCAGAAAAGGAUUCCUCCUGCGAGUGACUGAUGAUUUGGUCGAGGGAAGUCAAGAUUAUGAUAAUGAUGUUUACAGUGAGUGGAAUUCUUUACGUUAAAUCUAGACAUAGUCUUGAGGCAAACACCUAUUGCAAUCUUCCACCAUUGAUUCAAUCUUCAAUGAAGCUGGAAAGCUAGUUGAGCCGGUAAAAGUUAGGUUAGUUGUCAAGGACGAUUCUCAUUGAAGUGAUCUUGUUAUGGCAGUUUGGCGUUGCCAGCUUAUGUUUUAGGGUAACUUCACGUAACAGAUUGAGACCUCGUCAGUUCUUCGUCAAAUGUCCAUAAGGCCAACCUGAUAAGCUUUUCACACAGCCCUAAUGAUUGGGCUCAAUUGCCAGCGCAACUCGGAACGUAUUUGUCCUACCAUUGUUACAUAAGAUGUGAAGAGUGGGUCGUUUGAGAGUAUUUAGUGGUAGCUACAAGUUAAAAUGGGGCGAGAAAUCAUUUUAAUUAGGGACUGACCAUCGUUUAUAACUUGGCAAGGGGGGGGGGAAGGGAAGAGGUCGAAAGAUUUUCCUGAUUUAACCCCCCCCCCGUGUAGUAUUCUGAUAAACCUCCACCCCCUCGCUGGCAGUCAAUUUUCUAUAUCCUUUAACCCCCCCUGAUAAAUAUGACCAAUCCCUUAUCGCUGAGAGUUCAAAGUUAAGUUCAAGUGAACAUCAACAUUUCCAUCAAAAGUAAAAUCUGUUCAUUUACUUUGAUAGAGUCAGAAACCCUUAGAUUGGCUCCUGUUAGAGCUUGAAAAAAGCCUGAAAACGAACUUAGAGAAAACUUAGACUAUUCAUGCUAUACGCUACUAAUUUUUUCCUCAGAACUUUCAAGUUUUAACAUGUUAGGUUAUUGAUUGAGUAGGUAGUAAAUGGAAAGUAUAAAAGCAUAACUAUCGACUUCACAGCUAACCUUACGCGUCAUGGGUGACAACUGAAAGCAAAGAGUUUUGUUUUCCUGUUCAAGACAUGAAGACUUUCUUUGAUAUCGCGCUCAUAACGUACAGCGUGUUAGGUGAAAGGUUGGGAAGUCUGUCGGGAAAAAAUGGAACAUACUUACCAAUUUAGAAAUAUUGAUUUCCUUUCGUAUGCAAUCGUUUUCCUAAAACUUUGAGAAAGAGAAAGGGGGAAAAGAUAAAACGCCCUAGGGGGUGAAGGUGGGGAGUAAAUCGUCACUUAAUGGAGCCGCGAUUAAAUAAAAUGAUAAUAAUCGGUAAAUUGUUGUGGUUCCAUUUUUCCAUUUCAUACAUAAGUUACAGACAAAACUCUAUUAAAUAAAGCUUUUGUUUAUCUACUCUACAGCUACCCUUCAAAUGGCUUCUGUUGCUCCUGGGGAAGUCGUGAUUCGUGGAGAGAUAUCCAAUAAGUAUAUUGGAAUGGACAAUAACGGAAACAUCGUAACGUAUGUAAGUAGAAAUUUCAUGUAAUUUUAAUGAUGAAUGUGCGAAAGAGUAUUCACUUACUGUCUCACUUCCUCGUAAGCCAUCUGGAAGCUGCAAGAAAGGAGUCAAGCUAACUGAAAGGCUAAAUUCUCCAUUUGAGCCGGAAUCAUUCUCUAAUUAAAAACUUCUAGACUCCAAUUAUAUAGUCUCUUCAACAUAGUGUCGCAUGUACCUUGUUCACUGCUUCAAUGUUUUGUUGGAGAACGAAUAACAACCCGUGGAAUGUUCAUCAUUGUAAACGAGGACUUUAAAUUUUUAUCCUACCGGCAUCCAGAAUCGUGAAUGAUCCAAAUGAAACUCAAAUAUAGGACUAUCACGGAAAUAAUUAUAAAGCCAACAAGGUGGAUCCAGUCUCUUAGCUUCAUUCUCCUUCAUUAAGUAAAAAAAAAAAAAAAAGGGGGGGGGAAAGAGAGUUAAAAAACCCUUUGAGCUUAGGAGUCUUUUUUUUUUUUGGAACGGGGGGCAGGAAGGGAACAGGAAAAGGCGCCUACCCUUCGCUGAUCACUGAUAGUAGCUCGAAAAGGAAUUUAACAGUUUUCCGAAAUUAUAAACAAACGAACAAAAACGAAUAAGUGCUAUAAUGGCCUGGGAAAUCAAGUUUGGACUUUUCGAUAACCUUGUCGGAAAAGAGUGAAUUUUUGGCAUGGGUUUUCCAGUGUCCUAUUGGGAAGUCUGGGGUGAAUAAGCAGUUAAUCGAUCUAACUCACCUGAAAUUAAAAUGAUUGAUUACUCGGACAUUUGCAACAGUCUAAAAAUUAUAUAUUUAGUUAGCUUGAAGGGCGGGUCAAGGUAAACUAUGACAAUUUUGCAAAUAAUGAUUCAUCACAUUGCAUUUUCUCAUCAACGAGAUAAUUUUUUUGUUUCUAACGCAAAUGUCGAAUUAACAUCUUCUCGGCCAAUGUACACGCUGAUAACUUUGCAUGUAUCUUGUGACGAAAGAAAAACGAAAAUAUCCCACUUUAUUAUUUAAUUUAUUUUUGAACAGAAUUCCUUGCUGGAGGACUGCAUAUUCAAAGAACAUCAGCACACGAAUGGAUACAGCUCUUUUGAGUCCAAACCCCACUCUGGAUGGUUCCUAGCGCUGACAAAUGAUGGCAAAGCAAAACCUGGACCCAAAUCUGCACGCGGCCAUAGAGCCGUGGAAUUUUUACCAAGCAGUGUUUAAUAAAUCAGCAUCAAUUUCAUCAAUUUCUGUUCUUUGUCACAAUGUUCCAAAAUAAUUAUUGGCUGG